AUGUAAUCUUUCAAUAUAUAAAGAUUAAUUAAUGGAUUGACUUGGUUCUUAACUCAAGUUAAGUAAUUCUUUUUCGAAUUCCUUCAAAGAGGCUUCUUCGACACACCCGAUUGUAGUGAUUUAAGAAACCAAUUCGCAAAUACGACAUAAUCUUUGAGUGUGUUUGUAACUCUUAUUCAAUAAAUUGGCCUUCAAUUUGCUAAGUUUGAAAUCAUUCUCCUCAAAGAAUACAGUGGACUGGGAAUAUUUGAGUACUUUGUUAGAAACUUGAGUGCAAAUUUAGGCAUGCAAAUCAAUUUUAUCGAAGGGUAUGAAUUCUUCACAAUUAAUGCAAGGAGCCAAAAUAGUGCUUUUUUCUUUGGUUCUGGUUGGAACUGUAGAACUUUUGUUUGUUCGAAACAUCUGUAAAAAUAAUAAUGA